AUGGCUGUCGGCAGAACAAAGCGGGCAACCAUCGGCAACAGAUUGAUCCCCCAAAUUCUGGACGAUCUCGCCUCUGCUGAGCCUGAUCGUAUCAUCUACUCCUGGGCCAAAUCCUCAGACCUGUCCCAGGGAUUCCGCCAUGUAUCCGCUCGUGCUUUUACAAGAGCGGUAGACAAGACAGCCUGGCUACUUCAGCGAGAGUUGGGAGAAACCUCAGAGAUCCGCUCCGUGGGUUAUAUUGGGCCUCAUGAUCUCCGUCAGAUCCUAUUGACGUAUGCCUGUAUCAAGGCCAAUUACACUGCCUUGUUCCUCUCUCCGAAGAACAGCAUCGAGGGCGCUGUAGCCGUUCUUGAUGCCGCAGAUUGCAACAUCUGGGUUAAACCCGCUGGUGAGAGGCCAACACAGUUGGUAGAGGACUUCUUACAGCAACGUGCCAUGCAAGUGAUGGAAUUGCCUGAGCUGAGCGAGCUUCUUCCUGAAGAUGAAAGUUUGAUGGAAAAUGUCAAGCCAUUUCCCUACACAAAGACCUGGGAAGAGGCCAUCAACGACACAUUUUGCAUCCUCCAUACUUCGGGCUCAACAGGCCUGUCGAAACCCAUCAAGUGGACACACGGGCUGAUUGGUACUGUGGACGCUGUCCGGCUGCUGCCUCCUCAUGAAGGCAUGGAGCCUUGGGCAAAAGGGUGGGAUGACGGUGACACGUUGUACUCGACAUUUCCAAUGAGCCAUGGAGCGGGAAUCUUGAUGGAUGUCGUUAUAGCGCCAUUAUUUGGGUUACAUUGCGUUCUUGGGCCUCGAGACGUGAUACCCAAUCUCGAACUCAUAUCGUCUUUGGCAGACCACAUCAAGAUCGACAUCUGGAGCAUGAUUCCUUCGCUAACUGAUGAGCUUGGCGAAGCACCCGACAUCUUGCCAAAGUUGAGUCGGUCUAAAUUCAUCUGUGCUUCAGGAGGACCCGUGAGCAGUGUCUUGGGCUCUAAAGUGAACGAGUUUGUUCGCGUCUUGAACCUGACCGGCACCUCAGAAGGUCUAUUCAUCGGCAAUCUGUGGGUGGACAGACAAGACUGGCACUGGUUUGCCUUUCACCCCUGGUCAGGCUUUGACUUCAAGAUGGUCGAACCUGGUCUUUAUGAGCAGUGGAUUCACCGCAAUGAGCAUGCAGAGCUUUUUCAGGGUCUUUUCCAGACCUUCCAGGACGUGGACAGUUUCAACUUUAAGGAUCUAUAUGUUCCACAUCCGACGAAGCCGGGAUUUUGGGCCUCUCACGGUCGCAGCGAUGACGUUGUGGUCCUUUCGAAUGGGUACAAGAUCUCGCCUCUUGAUACAGAGGCUCUUGUCACAACCCACCCAGCUGUUGAUGGCUGUGUAAUGAUUGGAUCAGGCAAGCCACAAGCAGGUCUGCUGAUCGAACUGAAGGAUCCAACUAUCAAAAGAGAUGAUGAUAACGCUGAAGCACUCUUCAACAGCAUCUGGGCCGUGAUUGAGAGAGCCAACUCGCUAUCCCUACAUAAGGAUCAGUUGCAUCGGGACUACAUCGCCUUUUCUGAAGCGGACAAGCCAUUCAUCCGUACUGAUAAGCGCACAAUUAAGCGUCGCGCUACCAUGGCUCUUUACGCUGACUAUAUUGAGCGUUUCUACCAGUCACGAGGAGAGGAUGACAGUGAUGAUGGAACUACGGCGCUUGGGUUGCUUACCAUCGACACAGCAUCCUUGGACUCUACCGCUCGUGCGAUACGGCAUGUACUGGCUUCAAUCGUACCCGCUGUCAAAGACGCUGCAGUAGAUGAUGAUCUCUUUACUCUUGGGUUCGACUCGCUGCUUGUGUUCCGCGCUACCAAGACAAUCGCAGCAGCUACAGAACUAGGAGGUAAAUUCUCACCGAGGAACUUCUAUGCUCGUCCUACAAUUGAGGCAAUCGCAGCAACUGUCGUGCGUUUGGCUGCUGAGCGCAGAGCGAUGACGACGAAUGGCACUGUUACUGCGUCACCAACCGAGCAGAAGCAGCAAGAUCCACAGGAAGCCAAGAUCAGUGCACUCGUCAACCAACACAAGACUCGUUUGUCCUCGAAGCUCGGCCCAAUGGACCUUUUCGGCGGUAACAUGUAUGAGGGCAUCAAUGUCUUUAUACCCCUCUGCCCAGACGUCUCGUUUGAGCAAGCGUAUAAAGUACUCCAGAAAGGUCUAGCUCGCGCUAUGGAGAUUGUACCGGAUCUUGCGGGUAAGGUUAUACCCUGCUCGGAGCAUGAGAUUGGAUACAAGAAGGGAGACCUUCGUCUCAGUCUUCCUCCAGUACCCUCAACAGCCUCGGGAAUCACUGCCUCGGAAGAGCCAAGACAAUUGCGCUUCAACGACCUCUCAUCGGUCCUCCCAUCCUACUCUGAGCAAAAAGCCUCUGGCUUCUUGACCUCGGCUUACCCCGACGAGCUUUUGACUACAUGUCCCGCCUUUCCCAGUCUGCCCGCGGAUGUGUGCAACAUUCAGGCGAACUUUAUCAAGGGUGGCUGCGUACUAGCGUUCAAUGUUCACCAUCACGCACUUGAUGGCAUCGGCAUCCUGAUCGCACUGAAGGUUUGGGCAGAAAGCUGUCAGUUUAUCCAGGGCAAUCAGUCUGCAACUUCAGAGUGGCUGCACCCGGAGAGUCUCAAUCGUGAUAUGCUAUCUGUAUUGUACGAGGUGGAGGGCUUUGCGAAGCCAGCGCAUGAGAUAGACCCCAAGGUUUGGGGCUUCUUGCCAUAUGCCGACCCAGCUCUGAAGCGCAAAAAUGUGGCCGAAGCCGACGGACAUGUCAAGAAGCCUAGGCUUGAGAAGGUAGCUUCAUCUCGCAAUCUGCCUGAACCACCUAGCCUGCCUCCUUGUGAGCACUGGCCUCCUAAGGCUCGGGCAGAUGGUCGCACUCUAAACGUGUCAACCUUUCUUAUUUCAGCCGAGAAACUGAAGGAACUGCAGAAGAGUGUCGAGAUGAUCGAAGCCGCUGAUUCAGAGAGUCAAAGCGGAUCAGGAUCGCUAUCACUCCCCGAUGUAUUGCAAGCAUUCUUCUGGAGAGCUGCCGUCCGGGCUCGUCGCCGUCCAGACAACUCCUCCCCUGAUGACACUUCCAUCAUCGAGAUGCCUACUGAUGUUCGACCAUACUUCAGCGCACACCUGCCACCAACAUACAUGGCCAACAGUGUUAUCAUGAACCGGCAGCACAUGCCCGUCUCGGAACUUUGCUCUUCCGAGACACCUCUUUAUAAGAUUGCCCAAGUCUGCCGUGAGGCACGUACUCGCAUUGAUCAAGAACUUGUUCAUGAUGCCUUUGGCCUACUACAUACGAUCCAGGACAACAGCCCUGGAAAUCACACAACGGCGUUCCUAGGCCAAGGUAUUCAAGACGGCCCACACUCGCUUUACAAUAACAUGAUGCUCUUCCAAGCCAAGGAUAUUGGGGCUUUCGGUGGUAACAUCUUUGAUGCACCUGAUGCAGUGCGGGUCCAGAUGGAUUGGCUGAACAAAGCUUUCAGAAGUUUGUUCAUCUUGCCGAUAAGAGAGGAUGGAGGAGUCGAGUUGCUGUUGGGAACCUUGCCCGAGGAACUGGAAGCGAUGAAGAAUGACGAAGAGUUUACACAGUUCGCUGAGUUCCUGGGAUAG